CAGAGUCUGACACUCUGUUAUAGCGUUAUACUGACCUGAACACAUCGACAGCAGCGCAAUUCCAACACCAUAUAUGUAUCUCCCACUCCAAACAAGUCCAUUCGUCAAUGUAACGACACUUCGUCAUUGUCACUAGACAGACCGCGAGGUGCAUUCAUGGACACUCCGAACAUCACAACAACGUCUUUAUCAUGCGUGGAUGUGUGGUCUAAAUAAACAGAAAUGCAAAGAAAAGCAAUAAGUGGAUAUUCUUAUCCAGUGGAGGAGCCAGACAUUUUUCAUUGGGGUGGCCAAGGUGACCAUUACUCAAAUACGGGUGACAAUAAGUUGAUACCGGAAUUGUCUAGAUUGCCAGUGGGGUGGCCGGAGAUUGACUAGGGGUGGUCACAUCCACCACUGGCCACCCCGGAGCUCUGCCACUGCUUUUGGACCAUCUAGUAGAUUAAUUAAUAAUAAUAAUUAAUUAAUAGCUGAGCAGUGUGCUGAGGACAUGUUUUCAAUGCAUAGUUUCUUGACUCUGUUCUUAUCACUCACUCUGUAACUCUUAAUGUGGAGGUACAAUUUGCUGCAUUUAAGUAUGCUAUGCUCGGAAAUCCCAGAAAAUUCACUGAAAACAUGUGAAUUCUACUUAAAUGACGUGGUGUCUUUGAACGCAACUCCUCAUUGCUCAUAAUAACACAGUUAAAUCUGAUUCAAAUGUUAUGUGUUAGGUGAAUAGAUUUUCAGACAUGUGUGCCAUCUCUUAACUUGUCAGUCAGUCAAAACAAGAAAAGGCAGAAAAUAGCACCCAUGGGCAAAAUUGCCUGUACAUAUUGGACUUUGCGUGGACUCUUAAUAAAUGGUACAUGGUCUUUCACUUGUACAACCUUUCCACCUCCAAGCGAUUUGACACUGCUAGUACAUUUACCUACUGAUGACGCAGCAUGAGAUUCAGUAUCUCGCCCAAGGACACUUAACACAAUCACAGGAGGAUGGAGGAUCGAACCCACAACCUUCAGGCUGGGAGACGACCACUCUACCACCUGAGCCAUGCCGCCCCAAAUAUACAAUAACACUCAGUUGAGCGCAGACAUAUGCAGGGUUUCCGCUACAUAUAAUUGAUCGUAGAGCACUGCCACAACAAAAUAAAAGCCGCCACACCUUAAAAAUUAGUUUUUUUUUUUAACUUGAAAACAAUGUUAAGUGAUAUAUUUUAUGAAUGGAUACAUAUGCUAAAUUGAUACAUAUAUAGCUUACUAUUGCACAUAUAGCAAAUAUUGACCACAGUUAGUUUGAAAACAAUUUAAAACAUCACAAAAAUGUUUCACUAUGCUUUAUUUUGAUAAAGAUGCACCGGAAUCGCCUGUCUGCCCCAUUGGUAGUUGCACAUGUGUGACCAGAUAAAAGUACGCGACCCGUCUUGUGUUGACGUUCACUUUGUCCCUUAUUAUCGUAAAAAUGAAAACCAGUCCCUAAAAUGUGUAGUCAAUUGACGACAGCUUGUCACAGGCUAAGCUUAUCUAUGCCAGUGUGUGUGAUCGCUCAUAUUUCAUUCUCAUUCGACUUUCUGGCAUCUUUGUUUACACAUUUUGCCUAGCUCUCACUGCCUCUCUGGCGGCAGCUAGCUAGCUCGUUUUUGUCCCACGGGCGAGCUGCAAGUGGCUAUUGUGUUCAUUGGGUACAUGCUAACUUGCUUUUUAAAGUGUCACGUAACAAUCUUGCUCUCUUGUUGUUGUUAUUAUAAUACUUAUGGUUUCGUUCACCAGAGAAUAUUUGCUUCACCUCAUAGUAUUUUAUGUUAAUUGUUCUAUUCGUACAUGACGCCUGUAUAAUGACAAAUGAGCACACCGAGUGGAGAUGGGCUUUGUAAAUAACGUACAAUUUAAAUGUUGGCAGUCACAUAAAACACAAAUAGCUCGCCUCUCCUUUCUUUUUGUCAAAGUAGCUUUAAUAGUGCUGCAAGUUGGAUACACUUUGUGCUAUCAUAACCCUGGACUCUGAAUUUAUACUUUUAUAAUAGAAAACAAAUAUUGAAGUUGUUAUUUUAUUUUUUGUGUUAUUUUGAACUAAAAAAUAUAUUAUUGAACAAUUCAUUUCCCAUGUAUUCGUAUUACUCUAAAACAGGCAUCAAAUUAAAUGUAGGUUUGUGUCAAAUAGUACAAAAUUGUAUACUUUUGUACUAGUCACAUAGUACUAAAUAGGUCAGGUAACAAAAGGAGGCUCGACAUUCUAGACUCAGUUUAAGUGCUCCAUUUUGCCAUUAAAUUAAUAGAUUUGCAAUGUUCUCGUUUCAUGUUGUGCUGGUUGUUGAAAAAAAGUUAAAUAAGUUAAUAAAAAAUAAAUAAGUCCUAAAAACUAUUAUUGUCAUAAUAAAAAAAAAAUGCUGACGGAGCCGUGGCACGACAGCGGCGGCAGCCCACCCUCCCAUGCAGCCCACCAGCACAGCUUAAAAAAAUCCAAGGGGAAGAAACCCUGCAAUACCAAGACCAAACAAUAAAAGCCAAGUAGGGGUAGAUUUCUCCUUAUAGUAGCUGAGUGGCUUGUGUAUGUAAUUGUGUACUCUGAGAAACAGCAGGAAGCAGGAAACAGCUGUAUACGUGAAACAUGACUGAGCCUUUUGGAAAUUGUUGGUAAUUAUCUGCUGGUAAUUAAACUAAAAGCCUGACUGUAAAUUUGAUUUGUCCAAAGAUGCUGCGCGUCAUGUUCCACUCCAGUACUGUUGACUACAACCGAAAGUCAAAAGAGUAGAAGUCCACUGUCUUAUAUGAUCAGUAAGAGAAAUCUUGGAUCCAUUGGCUGGAUCGCCAUCUACAGUAUAUUUUGAAUGAUUUCCUACUUUGCCAAUGCCACACCUUACAAAUGUUCAUGGGAAUGUUGAGCAGUUUCUGAAUUAUGUUGUUAGUAGUGUAACAGUUCGGCAGAGCUAAUGACAGUGCUGUCAGUUGAUUGAUGAAGGGAAAUGCAUAGAAGGAACAUACUUUUUCACCCACAGCUUUAACCUUUCACCUACUAUGAGCUCCUGUGUAUAUGUUUCAUGACAGCAUAUCUUGGAAGCUAGUGGCUGUUUGACACUGAAAUGUAAUAUUGCCAUUCAUGCUGCUCACACGAUGAACCACAUAACCUUCAUCUGGCGGACAGUUCAGUUUUCUUGAGGUGUUUAGUAUUUCAUUCAUUCAUUAUCUACAGUUAAGCCUGUUGACGGGUGAGGUGGAGCCUGGGUUGUUUAUUCAAAUUAACUAACAAGUUCACUUAAAAAAAAAAAAAAGAAUAAUAAUGUGUAGGCAUUUCAUGAGCGUUAUACUAUCAUAGACCACUACAAUGUUGUCCUUUCAGCUUUCCCUGCUUCAAAAUGGGGCCAAGUCACCGUUAUAAAGGUCUUAAGAUUGUUGUGUUCAUUUUAAUAUUACCUAGGAGGUGGAGAUGUUCAUUGUCCUAUCACAUGACUGGACAGAAAUACAGUACACAUGUGUCAUCCAUUCUUUAUUUCAUGCACGUCAAUUAAUAGCCAGUCACGAGGUUUACUGCGGCGUGGUAGUUUAAAUAGGACAGAUAGGCCUGGUUCACAAUAGCCUGCCAAUAAUAAACAGUGCCGUCAAGAGCAGUGAAAGGAAAUCGGACCAGCACCAACAGUUACAUGAGGUGUCAUAUAACAGCUGUCAUGUCACAGUCAAAUCAGGUCGCCCUUGCUCUUAUGUUGUAUUUUUGUUGUUGGGCAGAUAAUAUUACAGAUUUACAACUUUAUUUCUGUUGCUGGCAAAGUUAUAUAAGUGAAGAACAUGUAAUAAUUAUUAUUAUAUAUGACUGCACGUGAUUUUGUUAACCCAGUUCUAAUUUCGAUACAGAAUUAUUUUGAUUCAUUCCCCUUGAUUUCCUGUAAUCCAAUAGCAGUGGGUAAAAAUAUUUGCAGGGGCACAGAGCUGCAGAAAGAUUAGAAGCCUAGCCGCAGCAGGAAGUGGAGUCUUGAGUGAGAGGCCAGAAGCAGAUGUAACAGUUUACCAGCACUUCAGUUUGAGAUGCGACAUAAAGGGGUACCAUGUUGUUUUUAGUUUCAGAGUGUUCAGCUGGUGAGGACAGGAGCUUUGAGACACCACACACCCUGGGAUUCGGAGUAAACUUGCUUAGCGUGUGGUAGGUGUGGUAGCGAUAGGUGAAGAUUGGAAGUCUGAUCAUCCGUUUUAAGUUUUAGAAUAAUUUUGGCCUCUGUACAGGUUUUAACCUCUGGGAUUCCUCUAGUUUCAAAGGUUGUGUGUUUGGGUCAUGUCUCCAAACAAAACCACUGACCUCCUCUGACUAAAAGCUGAGAUCAGCCUGGAGUGGAAUGUAGGAUGUCACCAGAGCUAUUUUGGCUAUGUGCAGCCACUAAUGAUUGUGAUCGCAAAGCACGGAGCAGUUGCUUUGCUUUGCUUUUUUUCCGACCACCAACAUUUAUCAUGCAGCACUCCCCAGGGCUGCAGGGAUUAGAGAGUUAAACGGAUGGCACACCGGCUUCGUUUGGAUUUCGCAUCAAGGAGAAGCAACACCGACCCUCUGUCAGAGACCCUCAGCAGACAUGGUGAGGAGAGUGGAGUCAUUUUGUCAGCUGGUAGCCCCACAGAGAGUCUGGCGCACAGUUCUCUACACUUCAAGGUGACUUCGCUGUCACCAGACUAUGGAAAUUUACAGAGAUAUUCUUCAAUAUUCAUACCAAAGGUUAACCCUGGAGGAUGUAGUAAAAAGAGCGUUUUGCAGAUCUCGCUACAGCCCUGUGGCAAUCUCAGCGGAGGCCUGGAUGGCACUAUAGGGGAUGGAGAACCUGGGAGCAACGAAGGAGGCGCAGUUACAGGCUCUGACGGGGGAUCCUGUAGCAGCAGUAUGGCCAGCGAUGCCGGGUACUGUAGUAGCAACAGUAUCUUUGAACCAGAGACUCCAGAGAAACACAGGACCACCCAAGAGAAGCACGUUGUCUGCUGCAAGUCCAAGGUCCCCUUGAGACGCUGUUCCUCCUUGGUUAUAUUCCCAAAGAGCCCCUGCAGCACACCACCUGCUUCUCCAGUGAGCCCAGUCGCUUUUCCUGCUCUACCAGCAACAAGAGCUCCUCUUCAAACACCUGCAACUGAUUCCUCUAGGGAUGAGGAGGACAGCACUUGGAAAGAGUCUGCCACCCUUGUAAGUGGCCAGCGUUGUCCCAAAGAAAACCAUUUGACCGAGUGUCGGGACACUAAACAUAUGGUACAUUUUAGUAUUCCUCUACAAGACAAACUUAAAAACAAUGUGGUAGAUGGGAGUGAUGCGAUGAUGGGACAGUCAUCAUCUCACGAUAAACCUUAUCAUCGCUCAAGGAGUGUUCUGCUGCACUUUGCCCACCAGAGACCAGUUAAAGCAGCAUCAUUGUGUACAGUCAAUGCAAAAUAUCCUGAGGCUCCCUACCCAGUUUCAGAUCCUGCGGCAGAACGGGACCCUAAGAAAAAACUGUUUCGCAGUACCUCAGCUUGUUUGUUCUCCUCUGCGAAACCACCAGAGAAAAAGUUCUGUGCAUUAGAAAAAGGGCAGGAAAGGUCAGAGGGAAACCACUGUCAUCGCGCCAUACAACGGAGCUUUUCCCUGGAGGUCCCCUACGCAAACACUGGGAUUUCAUGUCAUGUUUCAAAUGCAAAUCUCGGUAGUCCUUGCUCUCCACACGUGCACAUUCAUCUGUCUCCAUGCUGUCCAGCCAAGUUGCCUAGCUUGGUUAAUAAUGCAAAGACAACCUGCAAAGGGAACAAUACCACAAAGAACUUGGCUCAUAGUGCUAAGGUGAGUGUUUUCUUUGUUUGAAGAUGACUGACGCUCCCAUGGCCCCCAGCUCAAAAUGCACAUAUUCUUUCUUACUGAAAUGGCAAGCAGCUCUUACAGCAUGUACCAUUUUUACAGAUUGUGGCAGAUAACAAGGACAGUUUGCAUUUGAUUCAAAAGUUGUUAAACUGGUGGAAGAAGAUUCCACAGGUCUUAAAGUGACAUAACAAUCGUUUUGAAUGAGUGUGACGUUGAGUGUUGAGUCUUGUAAAGUAAUCUACAAGUAUUCAUCAGCAAAAUUUAAGUCCUCAUUUAUCCAAAAUUCCAUUUCUUUUGUAAUCAGACACCAGAGAUGAUAACUACUAAGUGGUUUUCUGCAUUUAAUAUGAUGAUAAUGAUAAUUCUGCUCUACUUCACUCCGCUGGUCUUAAAACUCUUUGUAAUGACGGGAAGGAAUUCGGCUAACCACAGGCAAGAUGGAUAUUCAGUAACUGAGAAGAUUGCUGCAGUUAAGACAUGCAAUUAACAAGCCCGAUGUGGACAAACUCAUAGGUAUUCCGUUACACUACAGUAAAUGCAUACUGUGUUUUAAAAACGUUUUUUAAACUGAAAAAAAUAAUAGUGAAUCUGAAAUGCACUCAUGUUAUGAGCUUUUCCAUUUUCCAAUAUGUAACCAUGAGCACAAUUUUCAGAACGCUUACAAUAUGCCAUUAUUCUCUUUGCACUAUGAGUAAUCACCCUAAGUAUUUACCCAUGCUAAAAUUAGUGGUGAGAAAAGCACUGCCCCUUGCUGAUAUAAAUAAACUGCUUCUGAAAUGUUCCCCCUGACUCCAGAUAGUCUGCAUGAUAUGAGAGUAGCGCACAGUCAUGCCAACCAUGUCUGGAAGUGGGGUGGGCUGGUUUUGCUGGGUGUCAACGUCGGCAGGGUUUGAGCGUGAGCCUUUCUCAGUAAUGGCAUGGUGUGCUCCCUCCUCUGUUGGUCCCCCUGCUAGCCUGUGUUUGUGAAGUAUCAGGUGCCUCCCACCCCCCGAAUGCAUUUAGCAGCUUGUCAAGUCAGAGUCUGCAAUAUUUAAUAAGUGACUCUAUUUGAAAGAUCUAAAUUUACUUCUUUGCAUCCAAAUUUUAUGUUUUGUAAAUUGUAUCAACAAUUGCUUUUCACUGAAAUGUGACGUGUUUCAUUUUGAAUGUACAUUUCUGGUAGCGCUGAGGGUUAGGGUUACACAUAUUCCUUAUUGCUUUUCAGUUGCCUCUGCGCUGCCGCUUCAGGGUUUUGUGCAUCCAUUCCGUGAAAUUAAGUGAAUCACGCACACUAGUUUUACGAGCCAUUUUUUUGUAAUACUUACUAUUUUUAUCAAUCAUCAUUAUUUAUUGAGGAAAAACGGAUAAAAUAUAAAAAAAAAAUUAAAAAGACCUUAAUAAAUGCUUAACGCUGUCUGCAGUUGAAUGAAAUUGGCAACCGGUUUGCUCAGGAUGUCAUUCCUGUACUAUUUGAAAACCUUUUUUAUGGGUAGGAUUUUACAAAAAUUUAUUUAGUUUCUAUAAAAAAAGUUUGACCAGGUGUAGGACAUGUACCAGUGGCAGGUGCAUUUGGUAUCUGGGUCUUCAGUGGGGACCUAGCCGGACAGAAUUGUUUUAGUCAUUGAUUAAAAAAAAAAAAAAAAAAAAGAUAAUUAGAAGUAUCAAAUUUCUAUGGUGGUCAGGACAUGAAGCAAAGCCAUUAAACAAUUGACUUUUUUUCUACAUAACUAGCCGCUACAAAUGAAUGGAUAACUUUUGUUAUCGAUACAGGCAUCUUACCCCUGGUUAGUUAAUCUUCCGUGUGUCGAUUGAGACGUCUUUCACCACUUACUUUGCCGCGGAGGCGGAGCAGCGAAUCAGGAGGGGAGCUUAAUGUCAGCUGGAUGAUGUCAUAUGACAUCUACAAAGUGACAUACAGACGUGUGAAAAAGUUUUUAAAUGACUCUUGUUACUAAGGGAGAAAAAAAAAACCUCCAUGACCCUGUGUGAAAAAGGUGAUUACCCCGCCUGUUAAUUGAGAUUAAUUGAGAUCUAUCAGUCUGGAAAAGGUUAUAAAGUCAUUUCUAAAGCUUUGGGACUCCAGCGAACCACAGUGAGAGCCAUUACCCACAAAUGGCGAAAGCAUGGAACAGCGGUGAACCUUCCUAGGAGUGACCGGCCAACCAAAAUUACUCCAAGAGAGCAGUGACAACUCAUCCAAGAGGUCACAAAAGACCUCCCAAGAGCAUCCAUAGAACUGCAGGCCUCACUUGCCUCAAUUAGGGUCAGUGUUCAUGACUCUACCAUAAGAAAUACACUGGCAAAUAUGGCAGAAUUCCAAGAUGAAAACGACUGCUGAACAAAAAGAUUAAGGCUCGUCUCAAUUUUACCAGAAAGCAUCUAGAUGAUCCCCAAGACCGUUGGUAAAAUACUCUGUAGUCUGACGAGACCAAGAUUGAACUUUUUGGAAGGUGUUUGUCCCAUUACAUGUGGCGUAAAAGUAACGCGGCAUUUCAGAAAAAGAACAUACAGUAUGUUCUUUCAUACCAACAAUAAAAAAUGUUGGUGGUAGUAUGAUGGUCUGGGGCUGUUUUGCUGCUUCAGGACCUGGACGACUUGCUGGGAUAAAUGGAACCAUGAAUUCUGCUGUCUACCAAAAAAUCCUGAAGGAGAAAAUCCAGCAAUUGACGUAGUGGGCACCCCUCCCCUAUUAUAUUUUGGUUUGGGGGUGAAUUGAGGUUUUGUUUUUAACUAUUACUACUUUUUCUUACAGAUCUUUUCCUUAACUUCCAAGUGAUUAAGGUUGAGUCAAGAUUCAGGUUCUGGCCGCUGUCUAUGAAGGUGUACAAUUUGGUGCUGAUCCAUAUCAGGAUUGCUUGGCUUUGCAGAACGCCUGCACUAUACUCAGCAGAUGUCUAUGAAAAAGUAAAACGACAGCAUAUAUAGAAAAUGUUACCUCAUUUAUUUCACAACCAGGUUAACAGGUUGCUAAAGACGAGUGAAGUAACUUAACACAGGUCAACUUUUAUCAACUUGUAGCUGAUGUUAUGGGUUAAUCAACAACUAGCUAGUAAGUAUGUUACACAAGUUAAAUAAACACAUAUGAAACCUAUUGCCGUCCAGAGAUCACCACUAACACAACAUCUGCUAGCCACAAGUUGACCUAUAUGCCAUUAUUGAGUUGCAGAAUGUGACAGGUUGAGUAUUGCAGUGCACCUGCCACCAUGUUUUGUGUGUCAAGAGGAGGAUGUCUGCAUUUCCUAGUUCAAGUUGGAACUCCCCCCCCAGAUUCUUUCAGGAGUGAUAGCGUUGUUUUAGAGAAGCCAGUGUAUGAGAGGAAAAGAGCCUGGUAAUUUUCCAAGCCAUGCCUGGCUAUAAUUGUCAGCCCAAAGGUAAACAUAUAAAACAGCAAAAUAACCAGCCAGAGGCUGGCUUCCAAGUGCUUUCCUAGGUUUUUCUCAAGUGUUAGGUUUGUUUUUUGCACUGGUGAUAUUGCUUGUUUAUUUUACAAUUGUAGCUUUGUCAUGACCGUGACAUCUAUUUUGUGAAAACAUUUCUAACCACCUGAUUGGGAUGACUCAGUUUUUGACACUUUGUAGCACUGCCGCUCCAAAAACAUUAGCUGGCUCGUGUGUCAGGAGUUAAGGUUUCACAAGCUCUGUGGUCCACCUGUCACAAGUAGUUUGAAGUGGCCAAGUAGAGAUGAAUAUCACUUACUUUGCUUCUCAGAUGCCUCAGCAUGUGUUUGGAGCUCUUUGCAACUAACCUUAAAAUUGUUGGACAUUUCUGACAUUGAAUUGUUAUCUUUGGCGUCAUGUCAUCAUUGGCAGUGUCCACUCCUUAAGUUUGCCCUUUUUCUUUCCGAGAGAUAUAUAAUACUUGACUUUUUAAUCCAGCUGGUUUUGCCAUCGCCAUUGGCCUGUAACUGUUUAUGAAAUACUGUGCUGACAUUUUAUUGACUGAAGGACUUGCCCAAUUAGUCUCAAGUUUGUUUGUACUGUUUAACUACUGAUUUUCUGAAGCAGACCAAAUGGUUAUUUCAAUCAUUAAUAUGAUUUAAUUAAACUGAAGAUGCAUUGAUAAGUGAUAAGUGCUGACAACAUACAAUUCCAGCACUACAAUAAAGUUGUAAACUUAUGUUAGAUAACACACUGAGGACAGAUGAGGGUCAUGUAAUACCAUUGCCCUGUAGGCAAAAAAAAAAAUCACGUUAUUAUUUACUGUAUACACUUGUAUGCUUAUGUAAAUGUCAUGCCAAGUAUUAUGUAAACCAUACCUGCAAUGUACAAGUCCUUAAUACUCCCAGCAUAAGGUGACAAAAUGGUUGAAAUCAGUCCAUUGUUGGCUUCUUUAACAUGGACUGCAAUCAUUAAGAAAUCAAUUUAAUAUUAGAGCUGUCAAUCAAUUAAUCGUAGAUAGAAGUUUUUAUCUAUAAUAAGUAGGGACGGAAAUGUCAUUGUGGUAAACUAUUUGAUAUGCAUCUACAUACACGGGUUAAGAUACAGUUCAAAAACUAUGUAUUUUAAAAACAGAACAUUUUGAUAUUAUUCAAUACAGUAUAUAGAUGAUACGAUUCAAUGGUUACAUUUGUUGAUGUAGACAUUAAUCUUACAUUAUAAAAUAAAGAAGCCAGUUUUAUAAAAGAGGCAUUCUUACGGUAUUUUCAAAUGUGUAAAAGAGCACAACAUAUCCCCAAGCAUGCUUUGUAAGGCAGGGAUCCCACUUAAAAACACAAAAACAAUUAAAAAUUGUUGGUACAAGCCCCCAAAUAGCUGUCCUCGGGUAUGGCUGCCAGCAACUAGCAGCUUGUAACCCAAAUUUUAGAUCGUAGUGCAAAGCAAAAAAUCAGCCGAGAGACAGCUCGUAUCUAAAAAAAACACUUGUUAGUUGGGACAUUCGUAUGCCAAGGUACCACUAUAUAAAUGACAAUAAGAAAUACAACAAUAACUUGUACAAAUAGUACAAAUAACUUUGGUCUUGUUGCAAGAGCCGUCCGCCAGGGCUUUUGAAACUAAACUUACCAUUCAAAAAUAGCCUUUUCUUUGUCCAUUUCUCCUCCAAUAUUUGUUCCCGCUUGUGCCUCCGCAUCCAGCGCUGCAUUUCCUCAAACUACGGUGUGGGCCGAGGGUAAAACAGGACAUGCACAUGUUAAUCACACGUCCAAAAAAUAAUGCAGUUAAAGGAAACCUCCAUUAACGCGUUAAUAUAUCGAACAAUUACUUAAUUUGUGGUGUGUUUUGCAGAUAUUUAUACAAAGAAACUUAAAGAAUAUAUGGCAGGUGUCUCAAACCCAAUUUACCUGGGAGUGGCUGGAGUUAGAGUUUGGGUGAGGCCAGGCUGCAUGAAGUGCCUCUUCCUUUAAGCAAGUCAGUGUGCCUCUGACCAGAUCUUAUGGGACUCUAGUGCACCACAAUAUAUAUAAUGUUAAUAUAAACCACCCAGGAUGCGAGGGGCCGCACUAAAACUGAACUUUGAUGUCAAGUAAGGUGCCACAAAAUGUGGCCCCAUGGGCCGCAAGUUUGAGACCCCUGAUGUAUGGUGUAAUUGCACAGUACAACAUUCAUUACAUAGGAGGCACAGUUGUAACUGCAGAAUUUGUCAGUGCAUGACAUAUAUUGUGUAUUUAAAAUAAAAUAAACAAUGGUGUCUUGAAGGCAUACUUUACAGUGCUCCGUUAUUACCCAUGAGAGGGAGGAGAUGAAGUAGGUUUUCAACAAAUGUCUGUUUCCUUAUCAGGACAUAAAGUUUUGUAUGAAUGGAGGACAGGUCAACAACAGUGCUAUUAUUCUUGCUACUACCCUUUCUGUGUAUGGUAUUUCUAUCUUAUCGGUUAUAGGCCAAAGCAAACCUGACAACAAUGGAAAUGAAUGCGAACAAACAAGAUUGCAUUUGUUUGAAGAUGUUGUCUACUGUGACACGCUAUGCUUAAGUCUGUGACGAAUACCACACUGAAGGUGCCUAUUGACAAAAUUAAGUAAUUAAUGUAUUGGCAUUGCUGCACUAUUGUGCUAUAUACAUACAAUACCCCGCACCUAUGGGAAGUAACAAAGGAAGAAAACAGGGAGUUUUUGUCCCCCCUGUGGCUAUAAAUCUCAUACUAAUCUGAAAAUACUUGGUACAAUAUGUUGUAGUGUGUCUCAGUUUUGCUCCCUUAUGAGGUCGAAUAUGACUGAUUUUGGGUCAGAGAGAAAGUCUGCUGGCUAGCGAUCUUUAGUUUCGUUAGUUUCGCUUUCAUUUUCUUCCAUGCUAGAUGGAUCCAAGCAUGGCUGCAUGGACAUUGCUUUUUGCACUGGGAACAGGAAAAGGGCCUUCUCCAAACCAUUCCCACAAAUAGGAAACAUAGGAUUGGCCAGAAUGUCUUGGUAAUAUGAGCAAUUCAAAUUCAGUGGUGUUAAAAUACAUAAGGAAGAUCUCAGUCUCAAUACUUUUGUGCCUAUAUUGUAUGUAGACUGCAGUGUUUUGAAUCAGGACUUUCUUGGCUGCAGUGUGGACAGGACAAAGGAGGCCCAGAUCUACUGUAUAUUUGUUCACGUAAACACUGUACUGUAUACCGCUUCUAGACACUUUGCCCUACCAUGCAGGGGUGUUCAUUUGGUCACAAACCAGCUCUCCCAGUGUUGUAUGCUGACUGUAAGCCUUCUAGCCCAAGAUAAGGAAUUUUGUUAUAAAAUGAAUUCAGGCAGUAAUUAAUCAUCCUGUAAAGAGCCACAAAGUACAUCUAAAACUCAGAACGUAGACUUAGUAGCGGCUCGCAGUAAGCAUGUCCUUGUUAGAUGAUGGGACAAUACUUCAGUCUGUGUGAGCUUGGUUGCUGUCAUGUCAGUACUGUCAUGUUAUGAUAAUACCUGUGUGUGUCUUUGACUACUUA